UUCUAUGGAGACGGAUAAACAAGCAGUGUUGCUCUGCGAAGCGAAAGCUCUGCGGCUUGCAAACUGACAUUCGGAAAUCCCACUUGUACUGCACGAUGUCGGACAAUGGAUCUGAAGAUUUCGAGGAGCAGGGCAUCUCUUUAGGGGAGUAUGAAGGGGAUCGAAACGAAGAAGGAGAGAGGCACGGCCAUGGAAAGGCAGUUCUCCCGAAUGGUGACACAUAUGAAGGACACUACGAAAGAGGAAAGCGGGCUGGAGAGGGGACAUACAGAUUCAAAAAUGGAGCACGUUACAUUGGAGAAUACCAGUUGAAUAAGAAACAUGGUCAAGGCAUAUUUUACUAUCCAGAUGGAUCAAUAUACAAUGGUGGCUGGGUGGACGACCAGAGACAAGGACAUGGAGUUUACACAUACGCUAAUGGAGACACCUAUGAUGGAGAAUGGCUAAACCAUCAGAGACACGGCCAAGGUGUUUAUACUUAUUCUGAAACUGGAUCCAAGUAUGUGGGCACCUGGAAAAAUGGGAGGCAAGAAGGAUCUGGAGAAAUGAUCCAUCUGAACCACAGAUAUCUGGGAAACUACCAAACCAAUAAUCCUUCAGGUCCAGGGAAAUACGUCUUUGAUAUUGGCUGUGAACAGCAUGGAGUCUAUGAACAAAAAGAACAGGAAAAAAAUGAUGGUGAAGAAGAGGAAGCAAUAAGUAUAAUUUCAGUAAAUUGGAAAGCAGAUAAAGUUACAAGCUUGGCAGUGUGGACGCCCCCAGAAAAUAUACCUUUGGAAGAAAAACCAGUUGUUCAGGAGCCAGAGGUUGAAGAAACAGUUGAAGAACCAGUUGGAGAGGCAGUAACUGCAGAUGAAGAGGUCAGCCAACUGCAAGAAGAGACAACUGAAGAAGUGGCUGAGGUGGCAGAACCUGAGGUGGCAGAACCUGAGGCGACAGAACUUGAGGCAGCAGAACCUGAAGAAGCGGCUCCUGCAGAGGCAGAAGAGUAGUUUCAUAAAUCCAUAAUCCAACAUUGCAUUUUUUGAAUUGUACAUAAUUUCAUUUUAACUGUCUAACUUAACUCUUUUUACAGCUUCUUUCUACUUUCCAAUACCUACUAAAAGGCAAUGCUAAAAAUACAGAGCAGCUCAAUAAAAUCAAAUUAAAUGCAAA